UGUAUGAAAAUUUAGUAUGUUCAAAAAUGCCUGUUAGCAGGUUAGAUAAAGUUUAUCGAAAAAUUCUAUUAUCAAAAUUUUUUACACGAGGAUGGGGUAGUCCUGAUAAUUUGGCUAGGUUAUUUAAAUUUAGAAAAAUUGUUUCGAACAGAGAAACUUGUUUUAAAUUGGUCCCAAGUGAUUAUCCUAUCACAAUUCUAUCAGAACAAUCUUGGAAUGAUUGUAAAAUUUUAGAGGGUAAAUUUGAUUCUCCUUUAGCAAAUUAUUUACCAGAAGUAGUCCCGAAUGAGGUUAAAACUGCCUAUUUUCAAGUAAUACUACCAAAACAAUGGAAAUAUAGUUCUGCAAGACCUGUUUGUAUACAUUUAGCAGGCACAGGCGAUCAUUACUUUUGGAGAAGAAGAAAUGUAAUGGCUAAACCACUUCUCAAGGCUGGAAUAGGAGCCAUAAUAUUAGAAAAUCCUUUUUAUGGAUAUAGAAAACCAAAAGAUCAAAUACGAUCAAGUUUACACAAUGUCUCCGAUAUAUUUGUAAUGGGAGGUUGUUUAAUUUUGGAAUGUUUAGCUUUACUUCAUUGGUGUGAAAAAAUGGGUUUUGGACCUUUAGGGGUAUCAGGAUUAUCAAUGGGAGGACAUAUGGCUUCUUUAGCAGCUACAAAUUGGCCUAAACCUUUAGUGCUAGUUCCUUGCCUUUCAUGGUCCACUGCAUCUUCUGUCUUUACAGAGGGGGUGAUGAGUGAAGCUAUUGACUGGGAGCUUCUUGAAGAACAGUUUCGAACAAACUCUCGUUACUCGGAAGAAUUGUCGAAAAUGUGCAAAAUAUUAAGCAAUCCUUUUAGAGAUAUUGAACUAACGCCAAUUAGAAACAUUUCCAAAGAAAGUUUGACUCCAUACGAACUCCUUUCAUUCUUACACACUGCCAAAGCAAAUUAUUCCGGCUUUGAAAAUAAAGCAACUAAAGAAAAUUUAGUGUGGAAUUUGGUUCCUUCUCGUGAUUUGAAUGAAUUAAAAUCAUUUAUUCAUGUCCAAGUUCCCGAAAGCUUAUCGAGAUCAAAUAAAUGGGAAAAGGAAGCUAUUUGGUUUAUGAAAGGAAUGAUGGAUGAAUGCACUCAUCUAAAGAAUUUUUCCGUCCCUUUCGAUACAUCGUUAAUUAUAGCACUGUGUGCUAUAUCAGAUGGUUAUGUUCCUAGAGAGGGCUGUUCUAAACUUGAAGACAUAUGGCCAGGGGCAACAGUUAGAUAUUUAAAUACUGGUCAUGUUGGAGCAUACAUUUGGUAUUUAAAAGAAUUUAGAAAAGCAAUAGUAGAAGCUUUUGAAAAGGCUAUUAUUAAAAUGGCAGCAAAAAUUGAUCUUUUAUAAAUUUAAUACGUUUAUUUAAUAAAAUUAACAAUAUACAGUUAACAUAAAUAAAAUUGAUUACGAUCAAUAAAGUGCCUUAUAUAGGUUCUAAUGUACAAAAUGUCCUAUAAACAACUUGUGAUACUUUUUUAAAUGAUGAAUAAAAAAAUUUAAGUUC